AUGUCGAUCGUUCAAAAGCACUGGCCCAAUGAGGAUCAUAUCUUCAUCUUCAAUAAUGCGACAACUCAUCUCAAGCACCCCAAUGGUUCUCUCUCCGCAUGCAAAAUGCCUAAAGGAACACCUAAAGUUGGGACAAACUGGGGUGUUGAGGUAACAGUGAGAAAUUCAGAAGGGAAGAUUAUUUAUGGUGUUGAUGGGAAGCCCACAAAGAUGAAAAUAUGCAUGGGUGAUGGCACUUUCGAGGACGGUAUUUUUAAGGGCAUGGCAAAAAUUCUGGAGGAGCGUGGUUAUGACAAUAUGGUGAAUGUUCGUGCAGAGUGUAGGCCAAAUUUUACAUGCAAGCCUGGUGUCAAACAUUACUGCUGUCGACAGAUGUUGUACAAUGAACCUGACUUUGUGAAUGUCAAAUCUACACUUGAACUUGCCGCUGAAUCACAAGGAAUCUCAGUACUGUUCCUUCCAAAAUUUCACUGCAAGCUUACUUUUAUUGAGCAGUGUUGGGGGCAUGCCAAGCGAGUAUACCACCAAAUGCUGCCCUCACCUAGCAAGCAUGAUCUCGCGAAGAACCUCGUCGACGCGCUGGAGUCCGUGACUGUGGAGCAAAUGUGGAAAUAUGCAUGUUGUUCUCACAGAUUCAUGGAUGCUUAUAAAAAAGGUUUAAUGGGAAAACAAGGGCAUGGGCAACUUGAGAAGGCUGGACUUUAA